AUGCCCCCCAAGCGAAAUUACCAAGAGUCUUCUUCCAUCAUCUACGGCUCCACAGUGCCAUGGCUCAACGCCUCCAAUACCCAAUCUUCAACUUCCUCCACUGCCAAUGAGCCUUCAAUACCCUCCACCGAGGCAUCCUCCACACCAAUCGAUCAAGACGUCGUCAUGGAAGCAGCGAAAAUAUCCUACAUCCUGUUCCACAGGAUUGAGCUUGAUGGUGUCGUAUCCCAUGCACUAGACUACAUCGGCGUUGAUCGAUCAAGUCCUUCGUACACCCAAUGGAAGAAAAAGCUCACCACCCGACAGAGCUCCUGGCACCAAGCUACCCUCAACGGAACUAUUCUCUCCCAUGUUCAGAAGGUAGCACAUAGCUACCAUAGCGCAAACGCUUACAAGAAACUUCAAUUCCUCCCCCAAGAAACUCGUGACAAUAUCUGGUUAAAUGAGUACGACAAGGAUCCCCGCGGUACGAUCUCAAAGAUCUAUCAACCCAUCAUCGGUGUAUUAGAUCUCGGGAGCAUCUUCAACACCAACCUGGAGGAUGAGGAAGAUCGUGCCAAAAUGGCUGCUAUGCGGGUUAUGCUGAGGAACAAGUACUUGUAUGCUUGCCAGAGUACAUUUGAGCUUCGAGGGGUUGAAGACAAAGUCACCAAAACUGCAAAAGAAGCCAAAGCAGCCCAAGCCGCUGCAGUAGGAGGCCCGGCUAAAUGCAAACGAGCGUGGGAAGAUUACGAUCAGAUAGACGAUUACGCGGAGACGAUCGUGCCGCUGGAGAAUGUGCCAAUCUGCUUCCAGUUGCCGCUCGCCCAACGCGUUCCAGAUCCGAAGAAGGCGAAGACCACAUUGGCAGUGGCCGAGAACAAAAAGACGGAGAGCUCGGAACCUGAUGGCAACGAUAUCAUUGUUUGA